AGCUGCAAGUCAAUAUAAUAAUCACGUCCUAGAGUAUGGGACGUCAUUCACUUCACGGCAUAUAAGAAAAUCCUAGCUUUUGUUCCGUUGUUUUUACCGCCAAAAUGUCUUCUCGUCCAGAUACAACCAUGCCGGCCACGCGCCGACCUAGAAAGUCGACCGGGCACUCGCCGGUGCGCAAAAGAAUGGAGAAAGAAAAUAUCACUGUCGACGUGGCUAGCUCUUUGGCCGAUAAUAGAAGCCGAAAGAAGUCGCGAAGCAAGAGUAUGGGCCCUGGUGGAUUGGACACCCUAAAACCAGGAUCGGGUAACCGACGUGUGUCCUUAGCAGCUCCCGCCCGACCAGCGCCCCGGUCAAUUCUCAAGCCGACGAUGCCAUUGCCCGAGAUACCUUCAUAUAAAUCCAAACAACCUAGUCGCACCUCACCACCCUCUCUAACCGUCCAAGGAGCCGAUAAGUUGCCCAAUCCUUUCCAGAACGAAGACUCCACAUCUUCGGGAACCAAGAUCGCAUUGCGCACCGAGGAGCAACAGCAGGCUGCUGCGCGCGAACGAGAAGAACGAGAGAGAGCCCAGCUAGAAAAAGAGAAUAAUGAUCGCAGAGAAGCUAGACGAAAAUCUCUUGCAAAUCGAAGAGUCUCUUUCGCAGCUGAAGCUACCCUCCACACAUUCCACGAAGUCGAGUAUAUGCAAGAUUCUACAACAUCAACAGACUCUACUAGGCGAGCAUCAUCACUUGCUGCGCGAUCGCCUGCUUCCGCUUUGCCUGGCGUAGAAACUUCAGACCCGACACCUAAUUCCUCAGAGCGACCGGAUGAAAUAAUUCCCAGUUCUCCAGAUCCUCAGCGGGACCCAAAUCGAGCGAGGCGUAGAAGCUCCAGCGCACCUCCAAUGGACUUUAACAGCCGACAUGACGAUACUUUGGCCUCUAGUAUCUAUAGUUCAGACUCUGAGACAGCGGAUGGUGUGGUGGAGGCACACGAAGAAAUGGGUUCGGAUUCCGGUAGUGAUUCAGAUGCUGAUGGCGUAUCAAUGGAUCUUGAUGUCGAUGAAGUCACUGGUGUCUCGGCUAUGUCUGCUGUUUCCGCCCGAUCAAUGUCCCCUACAGACUCAACGGAUACUCUAGACACAGUUCUUCGACUUGCUUCUCGACGCGCUGAAACACACAGUCUCGAUGAAGAAGAGGAAAUUAUUCCUUCAUUUGGGUGGGCAAAAAAGCCUGCACCUAAACAAACCAGCCCCUCUCAGGACCAGGAGAACAUACGACCUCCACCAAAAAUCAGUCCUGCUCAUUAUGACGAUGGCGAACAGGAAGAAACCGAAGGCAUGGAUAUGGACAUGGACAUGACAAAUGCUGUUGGUGGUAUUCUCAAAUCGCGCGGCGAUUCCCCAGACGAUGUUCAAGAAGAGGAAGAAAUGUCUAUGGAUGUCACUCGAGCACUAGGUGGUAUUCUUCCCCAGCGCAACAAGACACAAACCAUUCACCAAGCUAGCUUGGACGAAAAUGGAGAAAACUCACCGAACGAAGACGCACCUAUGGACUUCACCACGGUAGUCGGAGGUAUCCGAAAGAACCCACAGCUCGAGAACACCAAUCUCCUUGAUCUUGAUGAGAAUGAGGAGAAUGAAGAUAUGUCUAUGGAAUUUACUACUGCCGUCGGUGGCGUUCUGCCUGGAACCAAGUCCAACCCUGCGCUGAAGAGGGUACCUCUGGGUCGACGACGUACGAUUAUGAGCGGUGACGAUGAAUCGACAAUGGAUAUGACAGUUGGGCUGGGUCGUAUUAUUCCUGCGAAUGACGGUAAUGAAAACAAUGAUAAUGACGAGGAUGUGACGAUGGGAAUGGAUAUGACUACGGCAAUGGGUGGAAUCAUCAAAGGACCACCUUCUGUUAAAGACCGAACUGAAGCAAGGUUAAUCAUGGAGCAGGAGGCCAACGAAAAUGACAAUGUGCCGGCAUUAAACUCAUCUGCAAAACGACGUCUCUCCGCGGCUGUUUCUGGUAUCAACACUUCAGAAACAGGUAGCCCUGGUAUAUCUGCGUUCCAGGGCCAAGGACUCCGUCGCAGUGGCAUUUGGCAAAAAUCCGCUAGCCCCAAGAGUAGUUCACCUGUUCGGGAUGUAUCUCCACCUAAGCCAUCUAGCCCCGUGAGGCGUAUUUCUCCCCCGAGACAAGGCCCCAGAACUCCAUUGAAAGGUUUACCUUCGAGGGGGCCGAAAUCGCCUUCAGCCUCGGCAGUUCAGCGUGGCUCUGAUUUAUCGGCUUCUAAAAAUAUUCAGGCAACGUCAAUUUUCCAACAAGAUCCUUCAACCGGCUUGUCGACUCCUCGAGUUGUACUCACUCCACAGAAGAGGCGGCUUUCAGGUUUAGGUGCCGAUAGGCCAGGCCUAGGGUCUCCUAAGGUGGCUGAGAUCUUCGACCGGCGUGAAUCCAUCGGUGAUGCGGCAAAUAGCUUCGUCCCACGCGAAGCCACCCGCGGUGUUACCUUUGCAGACCCCCGAAUCAUGGAGGACGAGAUAGAUCAGGAACGACAACAGGAAGCAGAUAGGGAGAAUCGCCGCAAGAUACUCGAGAGAGAAGCCGAUGGUGGAGAUGAGAACACCACAGCAAGUUUGAAGGAUAUGAUCUCUAGCAUGACGCCCAAGAAGAACCUCCUCAAGGGGCGUAAGAGUUUGCAUGUGGGCAGCGCUAAAGGUCUCCUCGGAAAACGUCCUGCUGAACUCGAUGACGAGGAGGAAGAAGAAAGAGACGGAAUUAAAAGGCUCAAGAACCAUCAGAGCAGUCCCGUCAAGAAUGUACGAUUGCAUGCCCCUCCUUCGAAGGCAGAAACAACGGGGCGAAUGACUCGCUCUGCUAGUAGAGGUCUGGAAGAUGGCAACGAAAACAGAACCAACUCGACACCGGUCUUUUCGCCGCAGAAGGCACCUACAGCGAUGCCAUCCCCUCGGGGUAAAGAACGAUUUAAACAUGUCGACUCCAAUCCUCCUACCAACACGUUCGACUUUACCGAAUCGCAUAACAUGGCUGACUCCCAAGCGCGAGAGGAUGAUGAUGAUGAUGCGCAGAUCCAUCUCCAAGAUUUCUUGAACAUGAUCAAUGUCCGCUUUAUGGAAUUAACAACUACAAAGCGGCGGCAUACCCAGGCUCCCACCAGCGUCAGAGACGACACUACUUUGGGCAAGGAUGAUUUAUCUCUAGAACGAUGCGUUGUCGCAGGUGCUUGCACUGUACCUAUGCUAGAACUCUAUCAACACUCCUGUCGAGAAUUGAAGAAAUACAUUUCGGAAGGUAGAAGAAUUGUCCGGGAAAUCGAAACCGAGACUCUAGAAGACAAUCCGCCUCUCUUCAAGGAGUACAUGUCAGCAACACCAGAAUACAAGCUCUUUUUAGAUAACCAAUUCAAGAACGUCAAGACGCACGCGCGACUACUAAGCAAGGCUAUGUGGUAUGAAUGGCGCAUGAAGCUUCAGGAUGGUCUCAAGGAAGGUCUAGUCAAAAUUGCUGAAGGCAUGACUGCUGAUGAGCGAUCACUGCGCAAGAUGCAAGAGCUGCUCGAUUCUGCUCUGCCCAAGUUAAUGACAAAGUUUGAGUCGUUAACGACAGAGCACGACAAUCUCAAGUCUGCUGCGCAAGAGUUGGCAGAUUGCGACCCUGAAGAUCUCCAAGCCGCCCGGUCUGAACUCACGGAUCUUGACUCUGAUAUCCAAGAGAAGAUGCAGAAGAUCGAGCAAUUACGACAGCAACUUAGCGAGACCGAAUCUAACAUUGGCGAGUUAUCGCAGAAAAAGAAGGAGUACACUACCGAUAUUGAAGCGGCUGAGAAGGUUCGCGAAGAGUGUAGGGGAUGGACUGCCAGUGAAGUCAACACUCUAAAAGCGAGAGUUGAUGCGCUAGAGAGGGAACAUGGCUGGGCUAUUACUGGCACAGUUGGAACUUCUCUGUCAAUGACAUACAAAAAGGAGAUUGAGCUGGUUUUUGAUGCAGCUGCAUUCAAAGGUCUCAAACCAACAAAUUCGAGAAUUGAUUUGUGGUACAUUGCAGCCAAUCGGGAGUUGGAUCCAAAGCCGUCCACGCCAGAAAAGGAAUUUUUUAUUCAAUGCAUCAGAGACCAUGUUCGCAGUUUGGUCCAAGCACAAACCAAGCUGAAAGAUCUUUUGCAUAUGGUCAGUGCGGCAUGGGAAAAAGCCAAUCGAACUGCAUUAAAUGUUCGGAUGAUUGAUACGACAUAUCGCAACAAUACCACCAAGACUUCGGAUUCAUCCAUUACAAUCCGCACAAUUGUCCUACUAAAACCAUUGAAGACGAGAGUUGAUAUCGAAAUCGCGUUACACGGCCAGAGCACACCAACCGGUGUUGAGGUCACCAUUGCACCCCAGGCACGAAUUGUCUAUGGAGAGCAAUUCAAAGAGGAUAAGAUUACUGAAUACCUUACAAGCCGAAUCGGCACUCGUGUUGUCACAAAAGAGGAGCAGAAUGUGUUUUGGGUUGACGCUCUCGUCGAACUCGAGGAAAGAUUAAUUGCAAGAGGGCAGAAAUAAGGGACAGGAAUAUGGUUAUUACUCCUUCAAUUCUUGCCUAGUUUAUGACUUAUGAGGUAUUCCGGACGUAUCAUUGAUGAGCCGAGGCGUUUGCGGUGUACUGUUAGGCCUAGAUACCAAUCAAUAUUUGCGUUGUUUUUUUAU